UGUCUGCGGGAAGCUGUCAGUCUCAUGUGGAAUAACCUGGUAAGCGGCUCGGUUAGGAAACAGUGGAACUUGCAGACGUUGCUUAUUUUUUUAGAUGGGGGCUGAUUAGUUUUAUUUACCAAACUUCAACUUGGUUUUUCUUCUUCACUUUUGUUUUACUCCACUGCCUUCUCCGCAGGCCUGAUUCAAACUGUGGUGCAGCCAGGCCCUCCACAGUGCACAGGUGGUUGUCGACUGUGCACCGACUCAAGACUCUACAUGACUGAAUAAGCCGCGACGGGGGGCGGGGGGGCUUACUUUGGCGGGUUGUUUUGUGUUUUUUUUCUUCGGAGGAGGGUUUACCGAGUUGCAUUCAGGAACCCAGCAGCUUUAGAAGGAGCUGGUGGAGGAUGGCAGUGGCUCUGGAUGAAGUGUGGGGGCGGGUGAAGAAUGUCUGCAAGCAGAAUGGUCUGCUCAUCCUGUCAGUGCUGGCCGUGGUAAUUGGCUGCCUGCUUGGCUUCUUCCUCAGAGGCAAGCAGCUCUCUGAACAGGAGGUGAAGUACUUCCAGUUUCCCGGAGAGCUGCUCAUGAGGAUGUUGAAAAUGCUCAUAUUGCCGCUGGUCGUUUCCAGUUUGAUGUCGGGUCUGGCGGCUCUGGAUGCCAAGUGCUCCAGCCGCCUGGGCAUCAUGACCAUCUCCUACUACCUCUGGACCACCUUCGUGGCUGUGGUCGUGGGCAUCGUCAUGGUGUACAUCAUCCACCCCGGUGGAGCCGCUCAGAAGGAGGACUCCGAUGAGAGCAAGAAGCCAAUGACCAGCUCUGCCGACGCCCUGCUGGAUCUCAUUCGAAACAUGUUCCCUGCAAACCUGGUUCAAGCCACCUUUCAGCAGUAUCGAACCCAAAGAGUUCCUGAGUACAUCCCCAAGCCAACAGUAGCUCAGCUCCUGGAUGAGACGACCACUCGGAGGGUGUACAUCUACGGUAUCCAGGAUGACAACGGAACCGACAUCCAGAACUUCUCCCUGGAUCUCACGCCGCCGCCGGACGUCAUCAUGAAAACAUCGCCCGGUACAAGCGAGGGCAUGAACGUGCUGGGGAUCGUUAUUUUCUCGGCCACCAUGGGGAUCAUGCUGGGCAGAAUGGGGCCCAACGGAAGCGCACUGGUGAACUUCUGCCAGAGUGUGAAUGAAGCGGUCCUGAAGAUUGUUGCCAUCGUCAUCUGGUAUUUCCCCUUUGGGAUUGUCUUCCUGGUGGCCGGGAAGAUCUUGGAGAUGGACGAUCCAUCAGCGAUGGGGAAGAAGUUGGGCUUUUAUGCCAUCACGGUGGUAAUGGGUUUGGUACUGCAUGGUCUGUUCAUCCUCCCCGCCAUGUACUUCUUCAUCACCAAGAAGAGCCCCAUUGUCUACAUCAGAGGAAUCCUGCAGGCCCUGCUCAUUUCCUUGGCCACCUCCUCCAGCUCCGCCACUUUGCCUAUCACCUUCAAGUGCCUCCUGGAAAACAACCACAUUGACAGACGCAUCAUCCGCUUCGUGUUGCCCGUGGGCGCCACCAUCAACAUGGACGGCACCGCCCUCUACGAGGCCGUGGCGGCCAUCUUUAUUGCCCAAGUCAAUAACUACGAGCUCGACUUUGGGCAAAUCAUCACAAUUAGCAUCACUGCCACUGCGGCCAGUAUCGGUGCAGCCGGAAUCCCUCAAGCGGGGCUCGUUACCAUGGUGAUCGUGCUGACCUCCGUGGGCCUGCCGACCGAUGACAUCACUCUCAUCAUUGCUGUUGACUGGGCUUUGGAUCGAUUCAGGACCAUGGUCAAUGUGAUGGGUGAUGCCUUGGCCACAGGGAUCAUGGCCCACAUCUGCAGGAAAGACUUCAUUAAAGAAGGCGAACAGGUACCUCUGAUCUGCGAGACGAAGCCCAUGAUCAGCAUCCAGCAGAUGAUGACCUACCAGAACCAGAAGAACGGCUGCUACCAGCCACCUCCGGCGGGCAGCCGGCAGGACCACCUGUCCCCGGACGUGGCGCGGCUGAUCCAGCUGGAGGAGGGCGUCCGACCGACGGAGAAGAGGAAACAGGCGCUCACCUCUCACCACAAGAGAGGCCACAGGGACAAGGAGCACUGUUCCAUCGACAUGAACGGCCUGGAGACCAACGUGUAGCACUCAGCUAAUGGACCUCGUUCCUUUCAUGAAGGUGGCACACCUUCCAGCUCUCAACGUGGAGGAGCUGCAAAAAAGACAACUUUCGUUUUUUAAUAUCUUAAAAAUGGUACACAUUUGCCUGUGUGUGUUUGUGAGUUGUCCAUACAGUAUCUAACAUGGUUUCUACUUGGUACCACUUGUCCAUACAGUAUCUAACAUGGAUUCCAUUUGGUACCAGUUGUCCAUACAGUAUCUAAUGUGGAUUCUAUUUGGUACCAGUUGUCCAUACAGUAUCUAAUGUGGAUUCUAUUUGGUACCAGUUGUCCAUACAGUAUCUAAUGUGGAUUCUAUUUGGUACCAGUUGUCCAUGCAGUAUCUAAGGUGGAUUAUAUUUGGUACCAGUUGCGAGGCUUGUGCUUGCUUAUGUCAAGGACUUGUUGCUUUUCCAGCAGUGAGUCAGCGAAGAAGGAGCAGGACAGAAAAAAAGCUUUUAUCAGAUUGGAUUGUGGAAAGAACCUCGUCCGUCUGUGUGGAGCGUGAAAAAACAAAAACGUCCGUUAGCUUCUCGCCCACUACAGUGACAUACUUUUUGGAAUUAAAACAAUUGUACUGUUUUGUGUUUGCCACCAAGGAGGUUUUUUCAGUACAGGCACAAAGUUAUUGGAAUACUGAAUUUGAGUCACUCCCAAAACUUUGGGCUAAGACACGAUUCUGGUAUUAAAAUGGUACUUUGCCAAAAUCAUCCUUCAUCUUUCAGUCUCUCCAGGACUUCACGAUCGCGCCACUUCACCUAAAUUCAACCACUACCCGCACAUUUUGCCCAAUCAGCGUUAUUUUCGCCAACCAAAUUUGUCUCGGAGCCGCACUCAAACGAUUGUUUCUUGUGUGGACGAAGCGGAAAGAGCAAAGUGUGGCAAUGAAUCAACUCUUUGACUCGCAUAGCUCAGACCUUUUUCCUGCUCCUGUCCAGGGCGCUCAGAUUUCUGGGUAAUGUACUACGGGUGAAACUCGAAAAAUGUGAAUAUCGUGCAAACGUUUGUUUACAGCGGAAAUUAGAUUUACCAGAUGAAACUAACAUAGGAUCAGAAUAAAAAGACUUUAAAUGAAGCGCCGGCUGUCCAAAGUCGGGACCCGGGGUGGACCGCUCAUCUGUGAUGGUCUCUUGCUGGCCCCACUAUGGACGGGACUCUCACUAUUAUGUUAGAUCCACUUUGGACUGGACUCUCACAAUAUUAUGUUAGAUCCACUAUGGACUGGACUCUCACACUAUUAUGUUAGAUCCACUAUGGACUGGACUCUCACAAUAUUAUGUUAGAUCCACUAUGGACUGGACUCUCACAAUAUUAUGUUAGAUCCACUAUGGACUGGACUCUCACACUAUUACGUUAGAUCCACUAUGGACUGGACUCUCACACUAUUAUGUUAGAUCCACUAUGGACUGGACUCUCACAAUAUUAUGCUAGAUCCACUAUGGACUGGACUCUCACAAUAUUAUGCAAAAUCCACUAUGGACUGGACUCUCACAAUAUUAUGCUAGAUCCACUAUGGACUGGACUCCCACAAUAUUAUGUUAGAUCUACUAUGGACUGGACUCUCACUAUUAUGUUAGAUCCACUAUGGACUGGACUCUCACAAUAUUAUGUUAGAUCCACUAUAGACUGGACUCUCACUAUUAUGUUAGAUCCACCAUGGACUGGACUCUCACAAUAUUAUGCUAGAUCCACUAUGGACUGGACUCUCACAAUAUUAUGCUAGAUCCACUAUGGACUGGACUCUCACAAUAUUAUGCUAGAUCCACUAUGGACUGGACUCUCACAAUAUUAUGUUAGAUCUACUAUGGACUGGACUCUCACUAUUAUGUUAGAUCCACUAUAGACUGGACUCUCACAAUAUUAUGUUAGAUCCACUAUAGACUGGACUCUCACUAUUAUGUUAGAUCCACUAUGGACGGGACUCUCACUAUUAUGUUAGAUCCACUUUGGACUGGACUCUCACAAUAUUAUGUUAGAUCCACUACGGACUGGACUCUCACACUAUUAUGUUAGAUCCACUAUGGACUGGACUCUCACUAUUAUGUUAGAUCCACUGUGGACUGGACUCUCACUAUUAUGUUAGAUCCACUAUGGACUGGACUCUCACUAUUAUGUUAGAUCCACUAUGGACUGGACUCUCACUAUUAUGUUAGAUCCACUAUGGACUGGACUCUCACAAUAUUAUGUUAGAUCCACUAUGGAC